UGUACUGGAUGCUAGUGUGAUGUUGAGCUGUGUUUUUGUGUGUGGGAACUGGGGAGCACCAAGUGACAGUUGUUAAAGGAUUACACAGGACCACUAAACCCAAAACCAUGCACCUCAUCAUCACAAUUACAACAAUCAGGGAGUGGUUCCAAAAUUGUGCAAGCCUCGGAUAGAAUCCAACGUGAAGGCGACCACUGGGAUUUUUUAUUUGUUUUAUGUUUUGGGAGCGAAGAAUGAAGACACAAGUCUAGUUCCUUGUAACAUGGCAGAGGGAGAUCUAGAUCGUUUUUGAUCCGUUUUUGUUUGCUUUUUUCGCUUUGGCUAAUUUACUGGAAACUGAUAAGACUGGAAGUGGAGGAGGACGUGGUAGAACUGUGGAGAUAACGGCUCACUUAUUGUGGUUUUGUGGGAUCUGUAUUCCGAUCGAAGGGUGGAAAACAUCCGUUCAGAAGACCUUCGCCAUGGGAAAUGCAGGGAGUAUGGAUUCUCAACAAACUGAUUUCAGGGGUCACAAUAUGCCUCUGAAACUACCCAUGCCAGAACCUGGUGAACUGGAGGAACGGUUUGCAGUUGUACUGAAUUCAAUGAACCUUCCUCCUGACAAAGCUCGACUCCUUCGUCAGUACGACAACGAAAAGAAGUGGGAGCUGAUCUGCGAUCAGGAAAGGUUUCAAGUAAAGAAUCCCCCACACACAUAUAUCAUGAAACUGAAGGGUUAUCUUGAUCCUGCAGUAACCAGGAAAAAAUUUCGAAGACGAGUGCAAGAGUCUACACAAGUCCUAAGAGAACUGGAAAUCUCCCUGCGAACCAAUCAUAUUGGAUGGGUUCGUGAAUUUUUAAAUGAAGAAAACAAAGGCCUGGAUGUCUUGGUGGAAUAUCUUUCCUUUGCACAAUAUGCUGUCACAUUUGACUUUGAAUGUUUGGAGAACAGUAUGGAAAACUCCAUGGACAAAUCCAAACCAUGGAGCCGAUCAAUUGAAGAUUUGCAUCGAGGAAGCAACCUACCAUCCCCAGUAAGCAACAGUAUCACUCGGUCUAGCAGGCAUUCGACUCUACGGUACAAUACAUUGCCAAGCAGAAGAACGUUAAAAAAUUCAAGAUUAGUCAGUAAAAAAGAUGACGUCCACGUCUGCAUCAUGUGUUUACGUGCCAUAAUGAACUACCAGUAUGGGUUCAAUAUGGUGAUGUCCCAUCCCCAUGCUGUCAAUGAAAUUGCACUAAGUCUAAACAACAGGAGUCCCAGAACAAAGGCACUUGUCCUAGAGCUUUUAGCAGCUGUUUGUCUUGUAAGAGGAGGACAUGAAAUCAUUUUGUCUGCAUUUGAAAACUUCAAGGAGGUCUGUGGAGAAAAGCAGCUGUUUGAAAAACUCAUGGAGUAUUUUAAGAAUGAAGAUAACAGUAUUGAUUUUAUGGUGGCGUGCAUGCAGUUUAUAAAUAUUGUGGUCCAUUCUGUGGAGGACAUGAACUUCCGAGUCCACCUCCAGUAUGAAUUCACUAAGCUGGGGCUAGAUGACUACCUAGAUAAAUUAAAGCACACAGAGAGUGACAAGCUUCAGGUGCAAAUCCAGGCGUACCUGGAUAACGUGUUCGAUGUAGGAGCCCUUCUUGAAGAUGCCGAAACCAAGAAUGUAGCUCUUGAAAGAGUGGAGGAACUGGAAGAAAACAUUUCCCAUUUAUCAGAGAAGUUACAAGAAACUGAAAAUGAGGCAAUGGCAAAGAUUGUGGAACUGGAAAAGCAAUUAAUGCAAAGAAACAAGGAACUGGAAUCAGUUAGGGAAGUUUACAAGGAUGCUAACACACAAGUCCACACGUUGCGUAAAAUUGUCAAAGAAAAAGAUGAAGCUAUUCAAAGGCAAUCUAAUCUUGAGAAGAAAAUUCAUGAACUGGAGAAACAAGGAACUAUCAAAAUCCAGAAGAAGGGGGAUGGAGAUAUUUCUAUUCUCCCCAUUUUGUCCUCAGGAGUUGCCUCAUCUGGUUCUGAGGCCAUCUCUUUGUCUCACUUUGCCCAAAGUAGUGGCAUUGAAUCUUCAUUACCAUUAGCACCGCCUCCACCGCCAUUACCACAGUCACUUGGCACAGUGCUAAAUGGUCCAACAACAUCGCCAGUACCUCCACCUCCACCACCGCCGCCGCCACCGCCACCUCCACCGCCACCACCUCCUCCACCACCUGCCCCGCCCCUUCCUGGUGCAAGUGCAGAAGUUGCUUCCAUUCCUCCACCACCGCCUCCACCACUUCCUGGAGCUCCGCCCCUUCCUGGCUGUGCAUCACCCACUGUGAUCUUUAACUCAGGACUAGCAGCGGUGAAGAUCAAGAAGCCAAUCAAAACCAAGUUCCGCUUGCCUGUCUUCAACUGGGUAGCCCUAAAACCAAAUCAGAUAAAUGGAACUGUUUUUAAUGAAAUAGAUGAUGAAAGAAUUUUGGAGGAUAUAAAUGUGGAUGAGUUUGAGGAAAUCUUUAAGACGAAGGCUCAAGGUGCAGCUGUAGAUCUGUCUACAAGCAAGCAGAAGAUGUCCCAGAAAAGUUUAAAUAAAGUGUCUUUACUAGAUUCCAACAGAUCUAAAAAUCUUGCAAUCACCUUAAGAAAAGCUGGGAAGACAGCGGAGGAAAUUUGCAAGGGUAUCCAAGCGUUUGAUCUGAAAACAUUGCCUGUUGAUUUUGUAGAGUGUUUAAUGAGGUUCAUUCCCACAGAGGCUGAAGUAAAAUUGUAUCGGCAGUACGAGCGGGAGAAAAAGCCAGUGGAGAACUUGUCAGAUGAAGAUCGCUUCAUGAUGCAGUUCUACAAAAUUGAGAGACUCAUGCAGAAGAUGACCAUUAUGGCUUUUAUGGGGAAUUUUGCAGAAAGUAUUGCAAUGUUGACACCGCAAUUACAUGCAAUAAUAGCAGCAUCGGUGUCAAUCAAAUCAUCUCAGAAACUAAAGAAAAUUCUUGAGAUUAUCUUGGCACUUGGUAACUAUAUGAACAGCAGUAAAAGAGGGGCUGUCUAUGGCUUUAAAUUACAAAGUCUAGACCUGCUUUUAGAAACCAAAUCAACAGACAGGAAACAAACGUUGUUGCACUAUAUCUCCAAUAUUGUGAAAGAAAAGUAUGCACAGGUGUCACUUUUUUACAAUGAACUGCACUACAUCGAAAAGGCUGCAGCAGUUUCCCUAGAAAAUGUGUUACUAGACGUGAAGGAGCUGCAAAGGGGGAUGGACCUGACAAAGCGGGAGUACACCAUGCAUGAGCACAAUGUCAUAUUGAAAGAGUUUAUCAAUAACAAUGAAGGAAAAUUAAAAAAGCUACAGGAUGAUGCUAAGAUUUCUCAGGAUGCAUAUGAUGAUGUGGUGAAGUACUUCGGUGAGAGCUCCAAGACCACGUCUCCAUCGGUAUUCUUCCCUGUCUUUGUUCGAUUUGUGAAAUCUUACAAGCAAGCAGAAGAGGAAAAUGAAUUACGGAAAAAGCAAGAACAAGCACUUAUGGAGAAGCUUCUAGAACAAGAAGCAAUGAUGGAGCUUCAGGACCAAAAGUCACCAUCUCACAAAACAAAGCGGCAACAGCAGGAGCUGAUUGCUGAGUUGCGAAGGAGGCAAGUGAAAGACAACAGACAUGUUUAUGAGGGAAAAGACGGGGCCAUUGAAGAUAUUAUUACAGAUCUUAGAAACCAGCCAUACAGAAGAGCCGAUGCGGUAAGAAGAAGCAUUAGGCGGCGAUUCGAUGAUCAGAACUUACGCUCAGCAAAUGGUACCGAACUCUCAAUGUGAGAUGGUGAACUUUAAGAAAAGCAUGAGUGUGUUUGGCUGAGGAAUCCUCCACUUUUACCAAGUAACUGCUGCCUUUUAUAAAAUACUGUGCAUUUGAAUUUUCAAGGGCUUCAAGAAACCUAAGGUUGGAUGGGGUCCUCAAAGACGUCUGAACCUGAGAAAUCUAUCCAGCCAAUUAACAAGUGCCUAAAUACCACUAUCUGCUCAAAUUAACAAAAGCAAUAGAACAUGAUUUAACUGAUUUUUUUUGUCCAAAUUUAGUGGUAAACACCUUUUAACUGUAAUUUAAAAAAGCGUCAUGGUGUAAUUUUUUUUUUCCUUCUUGGAACGCAGUGAUUCUUAAAUCACUAGAAAGACCCAAAGCUUUCUGGCAGUUUGUAAAUAAGAAAGACUUGGAUGUGCUCUGCCAUGGACUUCUUUAUACAUUCCUGUGUUGUUUUUUUUUCGUAAGGCAUUAUCUUUGUUCAUAACCUACACAUUUUCUUCUCAGUUGUAUAUACCUAAAUACAUCCAGUGUGUGUGUGUGUGUGUGUGUGUGUGUGUGUGUGUGAGACAAGAAAUGAAGAAGGAGAUGAAAAACAGAGUGCUGAAGACAUGGGAUACAGGAAUGUCAUUGAAUUCAUAUUACUAAGUAUGUCCUUCCUGUGCUGGCAAGUUUGAAUAAGUUGAAGAUAUAUGAGACUUAGUAUUACACUAACAUCAUGCUCAUCAGUAUUAAGCUUUCUUGGAACAUUAUUAUACAGUUAUGGCUUUGAUCAACUCGGAUUUUAAGCCCUUGUAGAUCUGUGCUGCAAAGUAUUAAUUUUUAAAACUAGGAAGUUGCUUCAUUUUAACAAGCAAAUAUGUCCUUAAAUAAUCAAUAUCUGCAGUUCACACCCCCUUUAUGUUCUGAAAUGGUGCAAAGUACAUGUUUUAAGUAAAAAGAAAAAAAAGUUUACAUUUCAUUUCAUAUCAGACUUUCACACAUACAUACAAGUAGAGAAAAAGUGACAAGAUAAAAAGAUGUGGCAAUUUUGAAACCAGGUUUUUACUAUUGUACCAUGGAUCUUUUGUAGGUUACAGCUGUCAAAUAUCAUCAACAAGUUAGCAAACAGUGCUGAUGAUUUCAUAGUGCCUUGUGCAUCAUAGAAGCAAGCUGUUUAAACAAAAAUUAGCAAAACCUUCAAAUUGCAUUUGUAAAUGUAGUAAACUGUUGUUUAAUAUGUCUAAUACAUAAUAUUGUUUGUCUUACCAUGGGCAUGUUUUCAUCAGCUACACACUGGUCUUUCUUGACUAACUUAUCAUGUGUAUGUUGUGGUCCUUUCCCAGAACACCCAGAAAAUUAUUUGCACACUUUGAUACGGUCCUUUGUAUAUCCUGUAUAUGGACAUUAUGUAUAUAAAAGAGACGCUUGUAUACAUGUGUAUUAAUACAUACAUCAAUGUGUAUACAUAUGCAUGGAUACAUAAUUUGUAGUUGUAGAAGAUGGCUUAAAUCUUCAAAAUAUCCACUUCAUAAGGUUUUCAGUUCCACCUGACCAUAGCAAGACAGUGUCUAUACUUCACUAAAGGGCAGCACUCUUUUUAGCAUCAAGUAAAACAUUCAUUUGAAGUCAUUAGUGGUAAUGAAGUGUGUGGUUGUCUUUAAAGUUAUCACUUAUUGCAACCAUACCUUAUUCAGAAAUAUAUGAAAAUUUCCAAUAUAGAUAGGGCCCUUGAAAUUCAAGUAGACUUUUAAGCAAGAGCGUGCCUGUCCGCCACAUAGCUCUGGAUGAGUGCUGUUGUGCUAGACAUUGUAGGCAACUGGAUGGCCAUUAAAAACAUGUAAAGAAGGCUCAUGUAUUUGGUUGGCUUGCUUAGACAGCAGUAAUGUGUCCAGCUGUAAAGCUAACAGACUAAGUUCUGUAUUGAGUCUAGGUGACAGCAGCUGUCUAGCACUGAGGUGUCUUUGGGCAGUUGCUCUAUCUAGACAGAUAAGACGGUACUAAGUCUAUUAUAAACUGGCACCAAAAUAUGCAAGUGUUUGUCAUCAUCUGCUGCGCACCUUCGAAUUGCUAAAGAACUGGCAGUCUUCCCCAGUGUUCUCACUACCAUACAUUUCUCCUUCUCCACUGUUCUAAUAAUAGUGAGAUUAAAGCACUGCCAUAAUGUCAGGAGCAGGUUGAACCGUUAUAGUGCAUGAGUUCUGCGGAGUCUGAUCCUCCAUGGGAGAAUGACUAAUAACAUAUCUAGACAUACCGCUGGAAUAUGGAGAGUUACAAAACAUGAUUACCCUCAGAAAGACUGAAGGAUUAGUUUUGCUUACCAAGAAGCUUCAACCUGCAUGUUGUUCAAUAUCCCUCUAGCUGCAUCAGGAGUUCAUAGUAUGGUAAAAGUCUGAAUAGGAAUAAAGGUGCUGCCCUGGCUACCUGGAUGGAGCAGUGAUCAUGGAACAUACAUUUAUCAUUUCCUCUCCUAAAUAUCCCACCAGAAGCAUGCUGGUUUUACAAAGUUAUUUUUAAAAUAUGAUAUUACAUCUUCUGAGCAGUUCUCAUAAGAAGUCCAUAACCUCUGACACAUUCUAUAACAAACAUUUACCAAAGGACAGCAGAUUGUUUUAAGGCAGGGCAAAAGAAAAAGUUCUGGAGUCAUGCUGGAUGAAUACUUUUAUUUAGGCUGUUUCCAAGUAUAAACUGCAGGAACCUGAUUCUAAAACUUUAGAUCCACAACUCUGAAAAGAUUGAAAGCACGUGACUUGGCUGUCUCAUUCCAUGUAUAACCCUUGCAUUGCUGGCAUUCAUGAAUAAGAAACGUCCUUAACAGCAUUUCCUUGGCAGAAUUAAGGGUCAUAGAUAUUUUUGUUGUUGUUGGAAAGUAAUUUUGAACAGUAUGUACCACUUUUAAUCAGAAAUGAUUAGUUACAGAUUACUUAAUGCAGAACCAUUACAGCAGCCUCUUUUUUAUGUUUAUUCUCUGUCAUUACCAGUUCUGAGUUCUGCCCCUUUGUAUUGACUUCGUAUUGUGUGUCAUUUCCAUGUGUUUAUAGCAUUCCUUCUGUUCUUACUCAGGGACUGUAUUCAUAAAAAUCCCAUCCAAACUUUGUAGGUAUUUGGCAGGAUUGCUGUGCUUACAAAUUUGCCACUGUAGAAUAACUAUAUUCAACGAAAAGAAAUUUCUGCUGGUCCAUGUAUACUCAUAUAAAUAUACAGAGAGAGAAGGACACACACACACACACACAUGCACGCACACACGCACACACACACACACACACACA